AUGGCUAUGGAAUUAAUUCAGCUGUUAGCAGCAACUAAAGAAAAUGCCUUGAAAAGAAGAGAUUACGAGGCAGUAGAUCUCAAUGAAACAUGUUCAGAGCUCAAAAGUUAUAUUCUACAUCAGAAAAGAAAUAUUCCCAAACUAUCCCUCUACCUAUCCUCUCAGCUCCUUUUUGGUGCCAUUAAAGUUUACAGAAAACAAGUUCAAUAUCUAUUAGUUGAGGCAACUGAGUUAUACACAAGAUUGAAGUUUCAGUCGUCUAUCAUUCCAUUGAUUGACCUUGAGGAAAAAACGCCAAGGAAAAGGAAACAGCACGACCGAGAAACUCCGCGCCAUCUCCAAAAGAGAAAACCAUUUACUCUAGCCGAUCCUGGUCUCACCGCGGGAGCAGAUUACAAUGCAUUCAUGGGAAUGGGAUUUGGAGGGGAUAACAUUAAUUUACCAUUUGAGGAUUUUUUCCAGCCGAUGGACUUCAUGCAAGAUCAGACCGAUGCUUUUAAUCAAUUGGAGCUACACAGGCAAUUUACAGUUAAUCCAUCUGACAUCACAUUGAAAGAGGACGUCUGUUUACAGUCUGCUCAACUGGUAGGGGAUGAUGAUGAUGAUGAUGAUGAAGGUGAUGGGGAUUGUGAUAAAGAUUAUAAUGAUGCCAAUGAGAUGGUGGGGCUUUGGGAGAGGAGGUGUUCCAGAAAACGACUCCACCCAUCCCUAAAAAUAGAUCAAAAGAUAUGGAUAAGCAAGAGUGAAAUGAUCAAAUUUAAGAAUAACGUUCAGAGUAUUGUUAAGUCUGCCAUCGAUAUAGCAAACCCACGUGCCAAAUUAACUGACGAUAGGCUGAUGGAUUUACCCUUUCGAAUAAGAAAACUAGCUGGCCCUCUGAGAUUUCUAUUCAGUGGCAACUUGAGGAUGACACCCAGACUGAUUAAUGCAAAGUCAUCAACAGCUGCAGCAGCGGCGACAUCAGCAGCUGUGAUAACAACGACACCUGGAAGACAGCCGUUAACUUCGACGACAAUCAAACAGCAGCAGUCCUUUUUAAAUUCAAUUGAGCAGGGCAGGCUCGGCUCUUUCCACAUGGACAGCCCCAUACCCCAAGAGUUUAGCGCCUCGACUUUUUCCAACCUUGCUCUUGCUAACACUACUGCUCUUAAAGAAAGGUCUCGCACUGACACAAACAGAACACUGGCCAGUUUGCAGAAGAGUUUCAUUGGUGGAAUCUCAAUCGAAAAUAUCGAAAACUUACAACUGGGUGAUCCUUCUCUGGAUAGCAAUUUCAUUGAGGAGCAGCUCAGGGAGUCUACAAUAAAUGGAACAAGUUUUUGUGAAGAUGUUGUGGCGACUACUGCUGCUACUACUGCCGCUACAGCUGCUAUUGCUGGUAAUAGUACCACCGCUGCCACUGCAAUUUCUAGUGGAGGAGGACGAGUGUAUAAAGAUAUCGUAGAAUUUAAUAGUAACAGAGGAACUAGGAUUGAUUUUUACAAUAUGCUUUUGAAGAGACUAUAUGAGGCCAGACGCGUCAAUCAAAUAGUGAAGUUCAUGGACAUUUGUCCGACCAAUCAGAGCAGACGUGUUGCUGCUAGGUGCUUUGAAUAUUUGCUUGGUGGUUGCAAAGAGAACCUUUGGAGAUGCAGACAGCAGAUAAGUUUUGGAGAUAUUGAGAUCUACUUGUGAAUUGCACAAUUUAUAAAUCUUUGCAAAAGAAAAAAAAAUUUUAUAUCUGUUUAUUCGACAAUUUUAUAUUUUUCUGACGUCAUUUUGUAGCUUUUGAUUUGUUUAGGUUUUAAUUUUUAUCAUUUUAAUAUCAUUUUUUUUAUAUAAUUUUUUUGAAAUUUUUUUCAAAUUUUUUUGAAACAAACUGCUCAUAUAUCCUUGCGAAGCGGAUUGGCGAGAAUGGCGAUUUAACUUUAUGCAACGUUUUUAUUGUUUAUUUCAUUUUGCUGUAUUCAGUUUUAUACCCUUGUUUCGUUAUGUUUCUAAAUUGUUUCGCUAUAGUUAUGUCAGUCAUUUGCUAUUUCGUUACAUUAUAUUCCUACUUCUAUUACGUUGUUACAUUUUUGAUUCAAGUUUUUUCAGUUUAUAGUUUUUCAGUUGAGACGUGUUUUUUUU